AUGGAUCGCAUUAGUGAAUUGCCGGACGAAAUCCUAUCUUAUAUUUUAACAAUGUUAUCCAUCAAAGAUUUGUUGAAAACAAGUAUACUAUCUAAAAGGUGGCGCAAACUUUGGUAUCUAAGGAGAGAUCUUGACUUUAAUAUCUUACAUAUGCUUGGAAGCACUAGCAGAAAACCAUUAGAAGAACGUGGCCAUUUGAAUAUCAAUAUGGAUGAAUUUGUAAAACGAGUAGAUCAAUUUCUCAAUAAUUUCCAAGGCACAAAGAUAGAUUCUUUCUCUUUGAGCUUCUAUUCAAAUGAUAAACACAGUAAUAUUAUUGAUCAAUGGAUUAGUUUUGCAAUUGCAAGGGGAGUUGAAACAAUCAAUCUACUCUUAUUAACAUACAACCGAUACAAAUUUGCCUUUGACUUAUUUUCGGAGACUAAUACUUCAACUCUAAAGCAUUUGCGUCUCGAACGUUGUCUUGUUUGCCAUCCCACCAAAUGUGACUACAUUCCUUUCAAAAAUUUGAGAUCUCUUUCACUUUACUUUUCAAAAGUGGAUGAAAUUUUCAUUGAAAGUUUGUUAACUAAUUGUAGAUGGCUUGAAGAGCUUGACUUAGAAUUCUGUGAGUUCAGAUCAUCAAUGCCAAAGAUAGUGAGUUCUUCUUUAAGUAAUCUUAAGGUUAGAAAAUGCUAUGUUGUAUCUGGGAACAUGAAGAAGGAAAUAGACCUGAGUUCAUUAGAUUGCCUUAAACUCACUUCAUUGGAGUAUCAUGGAUAUAAUUUGGAUACCUUAAACAUUAAUACCCCUUUGUUGAAUAUCAUUUAUUGCACUGUUCCUGAUUGUGAAGAUCCUAUUCCUAAACAAUAUGCACUCUUUGCAACUCUUCCUAAACUUGAGAUUAUGAAAUUGGACUUCUAUUCAAGGGUCCCUAUUUUAAAAAUAACCCAACCAUUCAAACAUCUUAAGCAAUUGGACAUCACCUUUUAUAUCGAAGAAUAUUCAGAGUUCGAUCUUUUGGGGAUUUUAACUCUUCUACAAGCUUCUCCGCUUUUGCAUAAACUUUCUAUAAUGCUCACGCAUCCAGAGAUCGUUGGAAAUCAAAACGUUGUCAAGGAUGUUGAUAUAUGCUCUCAUGACGAGGUCAGAGUUAUUGAACUGAGAGGUUGUGUUGGCAAUUGGUAUGAAAUUGAGUUUGUUAUGAAUGUUCUGCGAUAUGCCCACAAACUUGAGCGAAUAGUUUUGAGUCCUUAUUGGAGAGAAUGUGACUCAUGGGAUUGGAAGUCUGAUCCCGUGUGGUUUCAAAAUGGACGUCAAAGGAUUAGUGAAAAACUUCUGAAUGAAAAUGUAGUUGGACGAGAAAAACUUGUGCUCAUAUAA